ACAGAUGCCAGGACCCUAUAAAACAAGUGCGAGAUAACGGCGAUAGCAGAUUUGCCAGAAUCACGAGAACCUCUUCGACUGUUCUUGUGACUUCUCCCGCCGGGUUUCCUUGCUGUAUCCAGUCGCCGUUUGGUCGAAUAUUUCCACGAUCCAAAGAUGCGUGAAUGUGUCUCCAUCCACAUUGGCCAGGCCGGUGCCCAAAUGGGCAAUGCCUGCUGGGAACUGUACUGCCUGGAACAUGGAAUCAGUCCUGACGGACGCAUGGAAACUAGGGCUGACAGCAAAGUGGACGAUCAGUCCUUCAGUACGUUCUUCAAUGAAACUGGGUCAGGGAAACAUGUCCCCAGAGCAGUGUUUGUGGACAUGGAACCUACAGUAAUUGAUGAAAUCCGUACUGGAGUAUACAGACAACUGUUCCACCCUGAGCAGCUGAUAUCUGGCAAAGAGGAUGCAGCAAACAACUAUGCCAGAGGUCACUACACUAUUGGAAAGGAGUUGAUCGACAACGUGCUGGACCGGAUAAGGAAGGUCACUGACAACUGCUCAGGCUUACAAGGUUUCCUUGUAUUUCAUUCCUUCGGAGGGGGAACUGGAUCAGGGUUCACCUCACUCCUCAUGGAGAGACUUUCGGUGGACUACGGUAAGAAGAGCAAACUUGAAUUUGCUAUCUAUCCAGCUCCUUUACUGGCGUCUUCUGUUGUCGAACCAUACAACUCUAUACUAACUACCCACACCACACUGGAGCAUACUGACUGUGCCUUUAUGGUAGAUAAUGAAGCCAUCUAUGACAUUUGCAAGAAAAACCUUGACGUGGGUCAUCCUUCCUACUCUAACUUGAACCGACUGAUCAGCCAAGUCGUUUCCUCAAUCACUGCCUCUCUGAGAUUUGAUGGUGCUCUCAAUGUAGAUCUGACAGAGUUCCAAACAAAUCUUGUGCCUUUCCCUAGAAUCCACUUCCCACAGGUUACAUAUGCACCCAUCAUUUCAGCAGAAAAGGCGUAUCAUGAACAACUGUCAGUUGCCGAAAUCACAAACGCAUGUUUUGAACCAUCUAACCAAAUGGUCAAGUGUGACCCACGCCAUGGGAAAUACAUGGCCUGUUGUCUCCUGUAUCGAGGUGAUGUCGUGCCAAAGGACUUCAACGCUGCCAUUACAACCAUCAAGACCAAACGAACAAUACAGUUUGUGGACUGGUGUCCAACUGGUUUUAAAGUAGGCUUAAACUAUCAGCCACCAACUGUUGUCCCAGGAGGGGACUUGGCUAAAGUGUCCCGAUCAGUAUGUAUGCUUUCCAACACCACAGCAAUUGCUGAAGCCUGGUCACGGUUAAACCAGAAGUUUGACUUGAUGUAUGCUAAACGUGCUUUCAUUCAUUGGUAUGUUGGAGAAGGGAUGGAAGAAGGUGAAUUUGCAGAAGCCAGGGAGGACCUGGCUGCAUUAGAGAAAGACUAUGAAGAAGUUGGAGCUGAUACCGUUGAACAAGAGAGUGCUGAGGAGGGUGACGAGUACUAAUACUCUGGGGACCACACCCAUAUUCAAUUGAUGUGUAUUUUCUAUUUUGCUCAUUGCUGAAAGAUUCUAUUCAAGAUACCAAAACAAAAAUGUUGGCAUACAAAUACCAUUUGGUGCAAAAUCCUUUAUAAAUGAAUGAGUACCUACAGAAUAAAUGCAAACUUGUGAAAACAUAAAUAAACUGAUGAUAAAAA